AUGGGGGCGGAGGGGGCCGUGCUGGUGCUGCUGGUGUUGCUGGGGGUGGGGAGGGUCCUUGGGGGGGGGCCCCUGUGGGGGGGGGGGGGGUUUGGGGCACCCCUCCGGGGCGGCGGCGGCUGCCCGGGGGGCUGCGAGUGCGACCGAGAGAGCGCCCUGUGCCGGGGGGGGGGCGGGGGGGUCCCCCGGGGGCCCCCCCCCCCCCGGGCCACACUGUCACUGGUUCGGUGGCACAUCGAGGUCCUGACCGAGGGCAGCUUCCGCCACACCCCGACCCUGCAGCUGCUGUUGGUCACCGCUGGGAGCUUGGGGACCAUCGGGGACGGGGCCUUUGCUGGACUGGUGUUACUGGAGUACCUGUUCAUCGAGGACAACGAGGUUGGGACCAUCGAACCCACCGCACUGCGGGGCCUCCGGGGGCUCCUGUUCCUGAGUUUGGCCAACAACCGCCUGGAGACGCUGCCUCAGGGGCUCUUCCAGGGGCUGGAGACCCUGAGCCACCU